AUGUCGGCCUCGUCCUCCACCUCGAGCACCGAGACGAGCGCGUCUACCAUCAUUGCAGCUGUGCAGGCCAAGCUUGCGGUGCCCUUCGUCGGCAGGCAGCUCUACGAGAUCCCUUCGGCGGCACAGCUAGCUGGCGGCAAGUCACCAGGAGCAGCGAGCAGCGGACAGACCCAGAGGGACUGGAUCCGCACGACUGAACUCGAUGGCACAAGCUGCGCUAUCCCCUUGUCCAUUGAACGCAUCGCCGCUCUCGGUCAGAGGUCGUACACAAGCGCCGCGCCCGAACCGAUCACGACCGAUGUUAUCAACCCGAAACCUCGCACUUAUGCGAACGAGGCGGCAUUGCAAGCACGUCUGGCUGUCGACCUCGACCCGGUCGCCCAUCUCCUCGCGGUCGUCACGGGCGACGAUGAUUGGACCGUCUCGCUCGACGACCACUACAACGCCGGCUUUAGUCCUCUGCCCGACCUUCCACCACCUCCGAAGAACGUUACUGCGGCGGGCGUGACGACGUAUCGCGACACUGACGGCGCCCGCUGGGACGGAGCCAUUACCGAAGAGAAGGCAAUUUCCGACGCCGAGUUGCGCGCAAGCGUAGCCUUCCUCAUCGCUCAGGGCACGCUUCCGCCGACCGUCGUUGUUGACGACAAGAUCAUGUUCUGGGACAAGCACCGGCGGGAGUGGGCCAAGCUUACGCCGGCCUUGCGACUCGCUUAUCAGAUUAACUCAAUCAUCACAUCGCGCUUCCGCCGUUCGAAAAGCCGAGGGCUCGCCAACCCCUUCGUUCCCCUCGUCGUCACGAACGGCACGCUUCUCUUCACGGUCCUCGCAACCGUCUUCACUCUCGACGGCAUCGAGUACUCUCGCCUCGGAUUCACGGAUGCUGAACAAGUCGCUGGCUUCCCGCUUCGCGACCUCAUAUUCGCUCAUAGCUUGAUGCACCAACUCGCACCUCCGAUCCUCCCGCCUCCCGAUUAUCUGCCCGAGAACAUCCUGGCAGCAACUUCGACUCCUUCCGACGUUUGCAACCUCAGCGAGGAGGCUGUCGAGGCCCUACAACGCUUGCUCGGCGAGGAGGAGCAGCAGGAUAGCCGAGGCGGAAGCGGUCAGGGCAAUAGCCGUGGAGGCGGGAGAGGCGGGAGAGGCGGUAGGGGCGGGAGAGGCGGGAGACGCGGGAGAGGCGGGAAAGGCGGAGGAGCGGGCGGACCUGGUCCGCGCGGAGGUGGCGGCGGAGGCGGAAAGAAAGGCGGUUCGACGAAGACAGGCGCCGAAAAGGGCGGUGGCGGCGAAGGCAGGAGCGCUCCCGCCGGCAAGUUUAGAGGGGGGUUUCCAGCCGAUGCGAAGGACGUUGAGAGGAUGACUUGGCUCAGGAGUGGUAAAGAAGAGCCGCAGGGUGCCGGUGAAGUUGUUCCGUCUGAAGAACCGGCAAUGCUGACCUUUCGAUUCCUCAAGCAGGACAAGCUUGACCUCCCCCCGAUCUUCAACCUUGUCGCCGCCUGGUUUGGUUCGCUCUCGCUCCCUAGGACCUUUGGAUCGACCGUCCGACCACCUCCGUUCGCGAGCGACAACGUUCCGACAGUGCUGCUGGAUCACCUUCUCGCCGAGAACAACACGAUGAUCGUCGCCAAGAGCACCGCUCUCAAUCUCGUGCUCAAGCAAGUGUGGGUCGCAGACGACCUCUUUCCGGAACUUCUCAACGAGAAAGCCUGCUUCGAGGAGCUCAACAAGGACGAGCACGUCGACGACUAUCUCGUCCAUUACGUGGGGUGCUACUCGUCGGCAUUGCGCUCGCACUACUGCCUCGCGACGGAAGCGGGCGAGCCCCUCCAGGACUGGAGGCAUCAGAAGGACGCCAUUACCCGCAUCGUCGAGCAGCUCCACCGACACGGCUACGUUCACGGCGACUUGGCUGAGCGGAACAUCGUCAAGACCCCUCGUGGACCUCGCCUCGUCGACCUGGGACGGGCGAGGAAGGCGAGUCCUGAGGAUUGCGCGCGGGAAAUGGAGCAGCUGAAGAAGGUGCUGGCUGGAGACGCGGACGAGCUUGACUACGGAUGGUUGGGCUACUAG